AUAAGAUGAGGACAGCAUAUGAAUUUAUCUUGACUAAGGCAACCUCUACAGCACAGCAGCUGGACAAUGACAUCCCGAUAACAAAGCAGCACAAAAGCCCCAGUCAGGAGCAGUGCAACAGUUCCAUUUUGGAGUCGGAGAGCCUCACGGUGGAGCAGUCGGAGAGCCUCACGGUGGAGCAGUCAGAGAGCCUCACGGUGGAGCAGUCGGAGAGCCUCACGGUGGAGCAGUCGGAGAGCCUCACGGUGGAGCAGUCGGAGAGCCUCACGGUGGAGCAGUCGGAGAGCCUCACGGUGGAGCAGCCGGUGAGCCUCAAUGUGGAGCAGCCGGAGAGCCUCACCAUGGAGAUGCCGGAGAGCCUCACCGUGGAGCAGCCGGAGAGCCUCACCGUGGCGCAGCCGGAAAGCCUUACAAAGAAGACAGAGACUCUAUAUACACUCAACCUUGUCUCUCUCUCUUCCCUAUGUUCUCCAAAUUCACUCUCUCCUAGCUCCUCUACUACUUCCUCAGCUGUUCUAACUUCACACUCUUUUCUCCUCCACCUUCACUGCCAUGUUCUAGGUCUUUGCAACAGAGGAGGAAAAGGACAAAAACCUUAAUCAGUUCACUGCCACCUUCUGCCACCACUGUCUCUCCUCCAUCUUUUAUCACAACAGAUCUCUCCCUUCCACA